CGCUCUCCGUAUGUUUUCGAGCUGUCAUGUGCAUCCAGCGAUUGCCAAAACGUUCAGAGAAAACUGACUUUAUCAAAUGAACAUUUUUUAUUUUCGAUUAUAAUAAAUAGCCAAAAUGCUCUCCCGUUUAUUAAAAGAACACCAAGCGAAACAAAACGAAAGGAAAGAGCAGCAAGAAAGAGGAAGGCGAGAGGCCAUAGCAGCUGCAACAUGUUUAACAGAAGCUCUGGUGGACCAUCUCAAUGUAGGGGUGGCGCAGGCGUACGUCAACCAGCGCAAGCUGGACCAUGAGGUGAAGACGCUGCAGGUUCAGGCCAGUCAGUUUGCCAAGCAGACGGCUCAGUGGAUCAACAUGGUGGAGAACUUCAACCAGGCCUUAAAAGAAAUCGGAGAUGUGGAGAACUGGGCGCGAAGCAUUGAGAUGGACAUGCGGACAAUCGCGACAGCUCUGGAGUAUGUGCACAAAGGCCCGGCUCAGCCCACGACUUCAUGAGCAGAUGGACUCUGAUGGUCCAAAAUGGACAGGCUUUUCCUCCAGAUGUUGGUGAAACUUGGACACUGUUAUUUGAGACAUUUGUGUCUCAUUUAUUCCAGUAAAGAAUUGCUGGAGCAGCUGUUUAUUUCUGAUUUGUUUUAUUUU